AUCUUGUUAUAAAAUGAUGAGUUAUCACGUCGAGUUUGACUUCUACGUUCAUCCAAACAAACAAAAAAAAUCCGUUCUUGUUCAGAUCACUGCCAUAUCCCUGUGUAGUUAUGUGUGUGUCGUCUCUUUAAUUCGGAGAACCCAGGUUUUUGGAGUUGCAGCCAUUACUGGACCCUUGAGUUCCUUAACCCUCUUGGUCCUAACAUGUUUUUUUUUUUUUUUUUUUUUUUGUACUGCAUGAUAACAGCAGCAUAGUUAUGUUGCUAUUAACUGUAAUAUACAACACAGUAAAACUGUGUUUCUCAAUUAUUAUCUGUCUGCUAGAUCAGCUUGAACAAAAAUCUGCACCUAUCCACUGCUACUGUUCCUGCGCUAACCUUUUAAGACACAGUGAACACUAAUCUUUCCUAGUCUUUCGCCAUCGUCAUGGUGAAGCCAAGCGCAUACUUUGUCAUAUUUACUGUUUGUAGAAUUUGGGAGACUUUGUUCUGCCUCGUCUCUGUCUUCACUUUCUUUUCACCCUAUUUUUUGUCUUGUUUCUUUAGGGUUUGUUUAGUACACUUAUUAUCUCCUCCGCUCUGUGCUGUGUGUGCACAUGCUUAUUGUAUAAAUACCCCCCUACACAUAGAACAAAUACUUCCUGUGCACACACUGACAUUUACAGACUCACUGCCAUCUACUGUAGUGGGGGUACAAUUACUUUAUUUUUACAUGGCAGGAAAAUAGCAUGUUCCUGACUAUUCUAUGUCACAUGGACCCUCUUGGUAUCAUCACACCAUGGGCCCCAAGGGGAGCACGCCCAACUAUUUGAGAAGGGCUGCACCAAAAGGUUAUACAGCAAGUGAGCUGAUUUGGAAGGAAUGACCAUUUUGUAUUGCUGAAUGUGCAGCCCAUAAUGUCCCAAACGAUCAACCAUGACGAUGGAUGCUUUGUUGCCAUGGACACAGAGGACGAUGGCGCCAGCCCCUCCAGAAUAAUGCAGGCCCUUGAGGCAAAGCUGGAGUCUUAUCGAGAAGAAGGGAACAUGGACACUUUUGUCAAAGCUGGAGGGGGGACCAUGAUGGAGCUGCCUGAGGAAGUCCUUGAAUACAUACUGUCGUUUCUGUCACCUUAUCAGGAACACAAAACAGCUGCUCUUGUAUGCAAGCAGUGGUACCGCCUUAUAAAAGGUGUUGCUUAUCAGUGCUAUCAUGGUUUCAUAAGAGCUGUCCAGGAGGGAAACAUUCAAUGGGAAAGUCGAACAUAUCCUUAUCCAGGAACUCCAAUAACCCAGCGCUUUUCACACAGCGCAUGUUAUUAUGACUCAAAUCAGUCCAUGUAUGUGUUUGGUGGCUGCACCCAGAGUAGCUGCAAUGCUGCUUUUAAUGACUUAUGGAGACUGGACCUAAACAGCAAGGAGUGGAUCCGUCCUCUAGCUUCAGGUUCGUAUCCGUCACCCAAAGCUGGAGCAACUCUUGUGAUGCACAAAGAUCUGUUAGUGCUGUUUGGAGGCUGGACAAGACCUAGCCCUUACCCACUACACCAACCAGAGAGAUUUUUUGAUGAAAUCCACACCUACUCCCCUUCAAAGAACUGGUGGAACUGUAUUGUGACGACACAAGGACCGCCACCCAUGGCCGGCCACUCAUCAUCUGUCAUUGGAAACGUCAUGGUGGUGUUUGGAGGCUCAUUAGGAGCACGGCAAAUGAGUAAUGACGUGUGGGUUUUGGACUUGGAGCAGUGGUCUUGGUCCAAACCAGCCAUAUCUGGGCCAUGCCCACACCCGAGAGGUGGCCAAUCACAGAUUGUGAUUGAUGAUCACACGUUGCUUAUUUUGGGAGGUUGUGGAGGCCCAAAUGCUCUCCUCAAGGAUGCCUGGCUACUUCACAUGGAUGUACCCACGUGGAGGUGGCAACAGCUGCAGGUGGAAAACGAGGAUCAUGGUGCUCCAGAGCUUUGGUGCCACCCAGCUUGCAGAGUGGGUCAGUGUGUGGUGGUGUUCUCACAGGCUCCUUCUGGCCGUGCACCACUAAGCCCAAGUCUUAACUCUCGGCCCUCCCCCAUAAGUGCCAUACCUGCCCCCCUGGGCCCGGAACCUCCUUCAUUGCGCUCUCAGUCACCCGUUAGGAGCGGUGCGGCCGGUGUUGUUCUUGGCGCCGUCGAAGAGGCUCCGUGCGUUAACGGCCGAUGGGGCACCCUGAGACCCCGACCGACUGCCAGGGGAAAUGCCAGAGACUGCAGCCCGUCAUCUUCCCAGCAGCUGUCUCCUUCGCAAUGUCCCGAUAGCCCCCCUCUGCCUCCACAUCCGCCAUUGCUGAAUGGCUCCUCCCCUUCCCCACGGACCAGUCCGGCACAGGCUGCAUCACCACCCCUUCGCAGCCAUCCACCCGCCUCUACAGACUAUAGCUGGGAGGCUGCACAGCACCCCGAAAUACCCAGCACUAACGGCCUGCACACACCUCCCGCGGGUUCUGCGCGGACUCCACCGGGAGCAGUGUCCCCCGCUGCCUUACGACGAGGCCUGGAAGCGGUCAAAAACACAUCUUCCGCAUCUUUACCUUCUUCAUUAUCGUCGCCUUCCCUUCCAAUGCAGGGAUCUUCUUCUGGAGGAGGAAGUGGUGGAGCUGGAGCGGGCGCCCCUGGAACUCCCCCAUCCUCUUCCAGUCCCCCGCAGGCUGCAGGAGCAGACGGACACGCUAUCCCCCCGAUCGCCAGGCGCCUUGGCCAUCAUCCUCCUCAGAGUCUGAACGUAGGUAAACCUCUGUAUCAGUCGGUCUGUUGCAAGCCAAUGCAGAUGUACGUGUUGGAUGUGUCACGCGCAAAAACCUCUGGGACCGUGACCUGGAGAGUUUACGGAAACGGGACCCCUACUGCAGUUACGGGGCCCCCGGAGACCAGCCUCCACACUGUGGUGCAGGGUAGAGGGGAGCUUAUUAUUUUUGGAGGCCUCAUGGACAAGAAACAAAACGUGAAGUACUACCCAAAGACAAACGCCUUGUACUUUGUCCGUGCGAAAAGGUAAUGGUAAUGGAGCUCAGUGCCAGGGUUGCCAUCAUUGGGGUUCAGCACGUGACCACAGUCCUCACAAGGGAAUUGACACAUAAAGGCCUUUUUGUUAUAGGAAGGAUUAUUGGGGAAUCUGUUAGAUGUUCCACUUCACCAUUUCUCCCUCCUGGCUUCUGCAAAUGAAAAUAUCUUAACCACAUUUUGAUAAAAAGUGACUGCUGAGCGGCGUUCUUUUUCACUGCAUCGAUCCCACGUGAUAUUAUGAGCUCCCCAUAAGCUGAACAACCAGACCGUAACAUUUCCGCCUGCCGCCUUCUGAACUCUUAAUGAAGGACGCUGUUGACAGAAACGUAUGACGACUACCUUGCUUUUGGUAUCACUCUUAAAGCCUGCAAUGUUUACAUUGAAAACUGUAUGUGUGUAUGUGUAUGCGUGCGUGUUUAUGCACAGCGGUGGUUAAAAGUUGUGAGAGAUGUGGCACUAUACUAUAAACAGUAAACAAUAAAGGCUUCCACAUCUACUUUGUCCAAGUCUUCUGUACUUAACUGUACUUGAAUUAUUUAAGAUUCAUUUCUUAGAAAUCUAGAGAUCUUAAUUUUU